AAUAAAUCCCCGUGGCCACUGCGCGGUAGCGCGCUCCACAAGGCAGGAUCGAUCGGGCACGCGCGCGCCAGAGAGAUCCCUUCCCUCCCCCGGACUCCACCCCUGCGUGCGCGCGGCGCGGGGCGCGGUUGGGGCGUCGUGUCCCUCCCUCCCUCACCUGGGCAAGCCUUCUUCCUCCGCCUGGCUUCCGCUUCACCCCAAAGGCACCAACCAGUGGGCAGCGGCCGCCGCGGCAGGAGGAGGUGGAGGACCUGGGCGCCGGGAGCCAGGGAAUCUGGAGGGGGCGAGAGUGGUGGUGGGGGAAGAAGAAAGGUGGAGACUUGCUCCUGACAAAAGCGAGGGCGACUGCUGCGGCGGCAGGAGGAGGAGGAGGGACCAUUUCUUGGGCUGCGAUCAUGACUCAUGAGGUCGUCUCGGAGAGGGAGGAGCGGCAGUAGGGCCCUGAGGUUGCUGAGCUGAGAGAGGCAGGGGGCCUUGGGGACGUAGAGAGGGAAUCGGGGUGAUUGGGAAAGAGAGAGAGGGGGACGGUGCGAGGGAGAAGAUGAGCUUCAACAAGAGCAGGGGAGUGGGGAUCGGCGGCGGCGGAGGGGACGAGCUGGUGCUGAGAGGCUCCGUCUCCAAGAAGUGGACCUUCCUCCUCUGCCUCGGCAGCUUCUGCAUCGGCCUCCUCUUCACCAACAGGAUGUGGACAAUGCCGGAGCCGAAAGAGAUCAUCAGGAGGUCCACACUCGAACUUGACAAGAUGAAUCUUGUCACCGGUGACUGUGCUCCGGAAAGUAUCGGCGAUGCAAAAGACAUUCCUGGGGAGGUUCCAAGAACCCAAGAUGUUAUACAGACACUGGACAAAACGAUAUCAAACCUAGAAAUGGAGCUAGCAUCUGCAAAGGCGACACAGGAAUCCAUGCUCAGUGUCGCCCCAGCAUCCGAAUCAACAGGGAAGCGGAAAUACUUCAUGGUCGUUGGCAUAAACACCGCGUUCAGCAGCCGGAAACGAAGAGAUUCAGUCCGUGCUACAUGGAUGCCUCAAGGUGAGAAAAGAAGAAAGAUGGAGGAAGAGAAGGGCAUUAUCAUCCGCUUUGUCAUCGGUCAUAGUGCGACUUCUGGUGGUAUACUUGAUCGAGCAAUUGAUGCGGAGGACAGGAAACAUGGGGACUUCAUGAGGCUGGACCACGUUGAAGGGUACCUGGAGCUGGCAGCAAAGACCAAGGCGUACUUCAUCGCUGCCGUGUCCAUGUGGGAUGCAGAGUACUACAUCAAGGUCGACGACGACGUCCAUGUAAAUAUAGCAACUCUUGGAAACACGUUAGCAAGACAUCGUUCGAAGCCUCGAGUUUAUGUUGGCUGCAUGAAAUCUGGCCCGGUGCUGGCUCAGAAGGGUGUAAGGUACCACGAGCCUGAAUACUGGAAAUUCGGCGAAUGGGGGAACAAGUACUUCCGACACGCGACCGGUCAGCUCUACGCCAUCUCCAAGGAUCUGGCCUCCUACAUAGCACUCAACCAGCAUGUUCUGCACAAAUACGCCAAUGAGGAUGUAUCCCUGGGAGCCUGGUUCAUCGGACUAGACGUCGAACACGUCGACGACCGCCGGCUUUGCUGCGGCACGCCACCGGAUUGCGAGUGGAAGGCUCAGGCAGGCAAUGUGUGCGUUGCAUCAUUCGACUGGAGCUGCAGCGGCAUCUGCAAAUCUGCCGACCGGAUCAAGGAAGUCCAUCAGCGCUGCGGCGAGAGUGAGAAUGCAAUCUGGAAUGCAAAGUUCUGAACCCAAGAUUUUCCACAGAAACUACACUCGUUUACAAGGACUGCACAUAUACAGACAUAUAGAAAAGCCAUGGCUGAACAGAGUGUGACACCGAAGAUGGUGACCAGUUCACUGUUUUGCAUGUUGACAACCAGAUGAGGAGUGCUUGAGAUUGAGAGAGGAAUGUGCACUCAAGUGUGCAUGAUUGUGGUGGACAGAGGGGGUUUUUUUAUGGGUGUUUUGGCUUCUUAGGAAUUGGAUUAUUGUAGGGAACUUUUCUGUUUUGGUGCGUGAAAAGAUCCCGGGUUUACUCAUAAAGAGAAGGUAGGAGAGGGGAGGAGAGGAUGGGGAAGAGAGUGAAAGGAGAGGGAGACAGGGCUUCUCCCCCCACCAUUCUUGGAAAGAUCCUCAUCGCUGUUACGUUUUGCUUCCAAAUAACAUAAUAAAGCUUCUUCUCCAAGUUACUAAUUGUUUUUUUAAGUUCAA